AUGGAAUCGGGGAAACGUAUAAAGCAAUUGGAGUAUCAAUUGGAUGCUGUUGUACCUAAGAAAAGACAUAAGGUUGUUACUAGUCCAAACAACAGGUUUACAGGGAUUAGAGCUAUUAGGGAGGCGCAAAUCGUGGCUGGAGACCGUGGAAUUAAUGCUGAAGAUAGCGAUGGUACAAUUGAAAGUGACGGUACAGGCGAUUUUAUUGAAGUUGAAUAG